GGUUAAUCUCAAACGAAAGUAAUUCUAGAUUCUAGGAUAUUGUAGAUUCUCCUUGCAGAUGGGCGAGUAGGUCUUGUGGCAGAGUCGCUGACUCUGCUAGGAACUAGGUAGUCGCUGUUGCCAGAAGUCACCUACUCUGGCUAUGGCGAUGUCCAUGAUCACACGCCAGGCUGCGUUGCUGGUAUCGCCAUUUGACGUUCAAACGCGCGGAGUUACAUUCAGGAGAAGCUCUACAACCGUCGCGAGAAGGCAGCAUUCAGCUCCAAUUUCCGUAGGCGGGCCAGCUCAUGGGGUUGGUGCUGUUCGUUUGCAUGUGAAGAUAAUCUUCAAGUUACUGUUAGUGGACGCUGGGUGGAGUGGGAUACAGACAAGCAUCGAUUCGAGUGAAAGUGUGAUUAAGGACUGGAAAUUGAAGUCGUAUGCUAGUGAGAAUCAGGGUGUUUUAGUGUUUGGUGACUCUGCGCGCGGAGAUGGCGACGUUGGCAAGGGAGAGACAGGGCGGGACAGGAUGCAGGAGUUUCGGGAACGAGUACGCGACCGAGAAUUGUCGUUGGAGGACGUUGCGUCUCUGUAUGACUUUCCCUUGGACAAUUUCCAGGAAAGAGGUGUCACAAGCUUUCUGGAGGGUUCAUCUUUGGUUGUAUGUGCUCCAACAAGCAGCGGUAAAACUCUCAUUGCUGAGGCUGCUGCAGCAGCAAUCCUAGCAAGAGGAAAGCGGCUUCUGUAUACCACUCCCUUGAAGGCUCUGUCGAAUCAAAAGUUUCGUGAGUUUCAAGGGACUUUCGGAGAAAACAAUGUGGGACUGCUCACAGGAGAUGCAGUGGUGAAUAGAAAGGCGCCUAUCAUGGUUAUGACCACUGAGAUUCUACGCAAUAUGCUCUAUGAAAGUGUAGGCAGCUCCGCAGGGAAGGGCUGGUUGACGGACGUGGAUGCUAUUGUUUUGGAUGAAGUGCACUACCUCAGCGAUAUUUCUCGGGGAACUGUUUGGGAGGAAACAAUAAUAUACUGUCCGAAAGACGUGCAAUUGAUCUGCCUGUCAGCUACAGUAGCAAAUCCGGACGAACUGGCUGGCUGGAUUACCAAGGUACACGGCCCUACACAGUUAAUUACCGCCUCGAAGAGGCCCGUGCCACUUCAAUGGCACUUCUCAACUCGUCAGGCCCUGCUUCCGUUACUGAACGAGGAAUCAACCGCUAUGAAUCCGAAGCUAAAGUUUAAACAUGAUAAAGAGAGUAAACGCAUGUUUAUGGAUUACUUUGGAGAAGAGCUUUACAAGAAUGAUCAGCCUUCGCCUCUCCGCACUAAAACGGGCUUCGGAGGAAAGGACCGUGGAGAAAGCCGAACGCAGAAAGGGAAGGACAUUGAAAAGAAGCUUAGUGAAGAACAACUUAUGUUUCUUCGUCGUAAACAGGUCCCAAAAAUAAUGGACACUCUGAUGCAAUUGAAAGAGCGAGAUAUGUUGCCAGCAAUGUGGUUCAUUUUCAGCCGCAAGGGCUGCGAUGCAGCAGUGAGUUACGUUCAGGAAUGCAACCUGCUGUCCGAUGAUGAGGUAAAGCAAGUACAAGAAGCUCUCAGAGAAUACCAGCACCAGCAUCCAGAUGCCAUUAGACACAGAAGUGUGAAAGCUCUUCUGCAAGGAGCAGCCGCACAUCAUGCGGGCUGCCUACCAACCUGGAAGGCUUUUAUCGAAGAGCUAUUCCAGAAAGGCCUUGUCAAAGUAGUGUUCACAACUGAGACCCUAGCAGCUGGCGUAAAUAUGCCCACAAGGACGUCUGUAAUUUCUUCCAUGAGUAAACGUAGCAAUGAUGGGCUAGCGCUUUUAAGCUCGAAUGCAAUGCUGCAAAUGGCUGGACGAGCAGGGAGACGCGGAAUCGAUGACCAAGGCCAUGUGGUGGUAGUGCAAACACCAUUCGAGGGUGCAGAGGACUUCUGUGAGGUGCUAUUUGCAGGACCUGAACCUUUAGUUUCGCAAUUUACAACCACCUACGGAAUGGUCCUUAACCUCCUUGCGGGACCGAGAGUGGCAAUUCUAGAAGAGAAAUCUCACAAUGAUGAGCGUGUUCGCAUGACACGUAGACCACGGAGUCUAGAAGAGGUGAAUGCUCUCGUUGAUCAAUCCUUCGGAAAUUUUGUGGGAAGUGACGUCCUGGUCUCAGCCCAGCAGCAUCUGACAAGCUUGCGUCAGGAAAUAGAGCGUCUGCAAGCCGAAAUUACUUCAGAAGGUUUCUUUUCCUGUCUGGCAAAAGAACUUAACAAGAAGCAGUUGCAAGAGUAUACUGCACUGUCAAAGAGGGUUGCGGAGGCCAAGGGUCUCGUCCAGAAAUCCCAACAGCAGCUGCAACACAUACGUGAGAAAAUGGUAGAACGGUUUAUAGGAAGUGACGACAAUCCACUACCCUUUUUGUGCGUUGAAUUUAAGGACCAAAUGACUGGCGAGGAGCGUGUUGUGCCUGUUGUCUGUAUCGGGAGCUCUCCAUCUCUAACUGUUGAGACGGACACGCAGGAACCAGAACUUCUAGGAGAUGAAAUCUUGGUUGAUGACGAAGACAAUGAGGGUCUCAUGUCAACCGCAUCAAAUAUAGAGGGAGGCUAUGCCAUUGGCUCGGCAAUUUCGCAUUAUGUGGGUUUAGGGUCUGAUAAUUACUGGUACAUGUUCACUGGAGGAUCAGUAAAAUCUGUUCACAAUAACUUGCUCAUUUCCAGCACGAAUUCAGCAGGAGAAUGUGUUGGUACAUUUUUGAGGGAGAGGUUGCGGAUUGGCCUUCUAGUGUGGGCGAAGGUUGGAGAGUCAGGAACCUCCUCAUGUCACGCAGUUUGGAAUGGUGAAAGCGGAGCGGAUACCUUCGCAUGGGCAUGCCAAGUACCCUCGGCUCACGAGCUUGCAAAGGAAUGGCAGGGGUCAUCUGAUCUGGUGAAUGCAGAGAAGACGUUAGCUAACCACAAAGAGGAUGUAGUAAAGUUGACGAAGAAGCUUAAACAAACUCAGGGUUACCGGAAGUACAAGCUCCUUUUAGACCUUCAACAGAAACGGAGAAAGAAGAUUACAAACCUUAAGUCCACGGCAUCUGAUAUUGCCAAUCGGAUGAAGGACUUGCGGCCAUCUGAGUGGCAGGACUUUUUGCAUGUCAUGAGCGUCCUACAAGAAGCUGGUGCACUGAGCGCAGACUCAAAUUCUCUACUCCCUCUAGGAGAAACCGCAGCAGUUGUACGAGGAACAAACGAACUUUGGCUCACCCUUGCAGUCACGAGAGAUGCCACUUAUUCUUUGGAGCCGGCUCAGCUUGCAGCCGCUUGUGGCGCUCUUGUUUCAGAAGGAAUGAAAACGCGUAACAAGUCAAAUACCAGUAUGAAGUAUAGUGAAUCUCGAGGAGUGAGAGACUGGGUCAUAAAAAUGGAGGAUCUUCGCGAGUGGGUGCUAAGGUUGCAGGCCAGCCAUGGCGUAGAGAUUCCAGUGCUAUUGGACAAAUCGUUUGCUGGCAUACUAGAAGCAUGGGCAUCAGGUGUCUCAUGGCAGGAGUUAAUUGAACACUGUGACAUGGACGAGGGUGAUGCAGCCCGCCUUCUGCGCAAAACUCUGGACCUUGUUUCACAGAUUCCAUAUUUGCCUCAUAUCGACCCUAAGAUUGAAACGAACGCAAGAGCAGCUCAAGCAGCUAUGGACAGAUCACCUAUCAGCGAGCUCUUCAUGUAAAGUGUUAGGUCAGUUGCAGCUACUUCAGCAUGGCCGACAAGUUGAGUUAUAAACUCAGGCAGUGUGCACAGCAUCCUCCAGUUCCAAGUAAAUUUCUUACCGGGUAGGUAAAAUAGUAUAUCGUAGCAGGUAAUACGCUUAAAAUUGUAUUAUUUAGAGAUGUUCAGGAAGAGAGUUGAAAAGCGUUCAUUCAUCGGUCUAUAGUUUGCGAGUACCAGUUGCUUACAACAUUCAGUUAUACAGUCUCUGUUCUUACUCAUAACCGAGAAUGAUUUUCGCCUACAAGAUGAACAAUCGCGCAGUGCUCUCAUCUUGCAGGUCUUCAAAGAUGAGUUAUGCAAGGCUGCGAUGAAGCAACCUUGACGUCUGAUUUUACUCACCAAUUAUUCAUAUUCCUUCGAAAUA